UUCUUGUAGGCCAAACAGCCAGUACCGCACGCUCACGAUAAAAUGCCGAAGGUCUCUUCGUGAUAGAUCAUCGCAUGCAGCAGAUAUACAACGUGGGAAACCUGUGUGUUUUGUUUUCCGAUCCAUCCUGCAUCUUUAAAUUGGAAAUCUCUGAGCAUUCUGUUUCGCAGUUUCACUUUCGUGAAAGUAGAGUAGUAGUGUUGUUCCUGUAUUAAUCCUUUGGUUUCGAUCAGGUUGAUCAAAUCCGAACAUACAGCAAUGGGCGAAAAGGCCAGAGAAAUGUAUCUGAAGGCUGACCUGCAGUGCAGUAAAUGCUACGAGAAGGUGAAGAAAAUUCUAUGUAAAUUUCCUGAAAUACAUGACCAGAAAUUCGAUGAGGAGAAAGACUUGGUCACAAUCAAAGUUGUAUCCUGCCAUCCUGAGAAGAUUAGGAGGAAGAUCAUCUGCAAGGGUGGAGGUUGCAUUCAGUUUGUUGAGAGAGGGCCUCAAGGGCCUCAAGGGAUUCAAGGGAUUCCCGGACCUCAAGGGCCUGAAGGGAUUCCCGGGCCUGAAGGGCCUGUGGGGCCUGAAGGGCCUCAGGGGCCUCCAGGGCCUCCAGGGCCUCCCGGGCCUCAGGGACCACCUGGGCCAGUUGGGCCAGUUGGGCCUCAGGGACCUCCCGGGCCAUGUGGGCCAGUUGGGCCAGUUGGGCCUGUGGGGCCUCCUGGGCCAGUGCAAUGUGGGCCACCAGGGCCUAUUGGACCUCCCGGGCCUCCAGGGCCUCCGGGACCAAAGCCAGUACCAUGUCGUCCACAAGAACCGGACCGUCCCAUUGUUGUACCAUGUUAUCCAGUAGGCGUUUAUCCUCCCGGAGGAUGUACUUGUGGUUGCGGCGGUUGGGGUUCGGGUUGCAAUUAUCCAGGAUGGACACCCCCAUGGUGGUGGAGGCAACCGCAACCGUAUCCUAGUGUUUGUCAUGCGCCUUGUAAUGUGAGCCGUUAUGAGUACUGCAGUGAAGGAGAUUCCACAGGAUGCGCAACCAUGUAAAUGUAAGCUGGUCAUCAUGAUCAUGUCUCUUACAAUAUUAAAAUAAUUUGUGUUCCCGCGUACGUGCGUGUUAUAUGAGAGACAUAUUCAUAUUACCCAUGAAAUCUUGUACGUCCAUUUAAUGAUUUGAAUUAUAUAUAUGAUUAUCUUUACUAUA